AAACCCAGUUUAGCACAUCAAACAAAAGUUAAUGGGUGGAAGAGCAACGUGAUUGAUCAUUGCUGGAGAUUGAACCCUGAUUGGAGAAGGAACCGCCAGCAACUUGCAACAUGCUCUGUGGGUUUUGCCGGGAAGAUGACCAGCAACAUGGGAAAAGGCCUCACAUACUAUAAAGUCACAGAUCCUAGUGAUAAUGCAGUUGAUCCAAAACCAGGGACUUUGAGAUAUGGAGCAGCUUUAAUUAAAGGGAAAGUUUGGAUCACUUUCCAAAGGGACAUGAACAUCAAGCUUGAGAAACCACUUCUUAUUAGUAGCUUCACUGCCAUUGAUGGAAGAGGUGUUAACGUUCACAUUGCUAAUAAUGCAUGCUUGUUGAUCUUUAAGGCAAGCAACAUUAUCAUCCAUGGUCUUCAAAUCCACCACUGCAAAUCUCAAGGACCAAGCUCAGUUAUGGGACCAGAUGGAAAGGUAAUUCCACUAGGUCAAGUAGAUGGGGAUGCAAUCAGAUUGGUCACUGCAUCAAAGGUUUGGAUUGACCAUAAUACACUCUAUCAAUGCCAAGAUGGUCUCCUCGAUGUCACACGUGGCUCUACCGAUAUCACAGUCUCAAAUAACUGGUUCAGAGACCAAGACAAGGUAAUGCUUCUUGGUCAUGACGAUGGUUACUUGCGCGACAAGAACAUGAGGGUGACUGUCAUGUAUAAUCAUUUUGGACCCAACUGCAACCAAAGAAUGCCAAGAGUUCGCUUUGGAUUUGCACAUGUUGUGAACAACUUGUACCAAGGAUGGACACAGUAUGCUAUUGGAGGAAGCAUGAAACCUAGUGUAAAGAGUGAAGCCAAUCUCUUCAUAGCUAACAGAUCAGGGAACAAAGAGGUGACUUGGAGAAGGGACAGUGUUGGGGAUAAGAACUCAUGGAAAUUUUACUCAGUGAGGGAUGUUUUCGAAAAUGGAGCUUCUUUCCUCCAAACAGGUUUUCAAGGAGCAAAACCAAACUAUAACCGGCAGCAAAAUUUCCAAGUUAUAGAUGCAAAAUAUUUAAGGUCAUUGACAAGAUCAGCUGGUGCUUUACGAUGCACCAGAAAAUUAAGAUGCUAA